AUGACAGAAACGGCCACUACAACAACAGACCAUUCUCUCUAUCCGCCACCACCAACAACAGCAACAACAACGGCAUCAACCACACACGAUAUUGAAAUGAUGCAUCAAUUACCAAAUAUUUCUUCCGAGCCAACCAAUGGCGUUGGUCAUAACGGAGAGGCUGCAAGUAGUAGUAGCAACAGCAGCAACUCGUCCACCACAUCGGGAGCCUCUCUCAACGAAGAGCCUCUUCAAGAACAUUCAUCCACUCUUCAAGAGCAAUCACUCACCAACUAUUCUGCAACUACUACAAACAAUAUCAUGAAUUUGCAACCAACCGACAUGGAAAUGAAAAAGGCUCAAUCGGUUCCAGCCGAGAAAUCAGGUGAAUACAUCAUUGGUGGUGCCGAUGAUGAUAGUGAAGAAGCCUAUGUUCCAAAAUAUAAAAGUGAUUCUCCUCCUCUUCAGCUUGAAUGGAAAGAUCUCACCUAUAAGGUGAAACUCCCUCUCACUGCUCCUCCCAAUUUCAGUCUCCCUCAAAAGAUUGGCUUUAAAUUGAAAAACGGAUUCAAGAAGAAGGAGAAGGACAUUUUACAUCCCAUGUCUGGAUUUGUGAGUCCUGGAAGUACAUUGGCCAUUAUGGGUCCGAGUGGUGCUGGUAAAACUUCACUUUUGAAUAUUCUUGCUCAACGUGUCAAGGAAACAAGUGGAGAUAUUACUGUUAAUGGAAUGAAGAUUGGCAGUAGCUUUAGAAGUUUGUCUGCAUUCGUUCAACAAGAUGACGUAUUGAUGGGAAAUUUGAGUGUUAGAGAAACACUUCGUUAUGCAGCAUUGUUACGUUUACCAAAAACAAUUUCAUGGAAAGAAAAGAUGGAACGUGUUGAAUCAAUUAUGGAUGAAUUAGGUCUUCUCAAGAGUGCUAACACCAAAGUUGGUACUCCAGGUUUAUCAAAAGGAAUUUCAGGAGGAGAACGAAAACGUCUCAGUAUUGCUAUUGAAUUAUUGACACAACCAAGUAUUUUAUUUUUGGAUGAACCAACUAGUGGUUUGGAUGCAGCAACUGCAUACAGUGUCAUGAAAACCAUCAUCAAAAUUGCUAAGGGAGGAAGAGCAGUCAUUCUCACAAUUCACCAACCUCGUUCUAAUAUUUAUGAACUUUUUGACAAGUUAUUGCUAUUGGCUCGUGGUAAAGUUGCGUAUUUUGGACCUGCUAAGGAUGCUACUCAAUAUUUUGCAGAAAUUGGAUAUCCUUGUCCAAAGCAAUACAAUCCUGCUGAUCACUUUAUUGAUUUAAUUACAGAAUCUACCAGUGAUACGGAUGAAGGAAAGAAAUUGAAACAAGAAGACAAUGAUCGUAUAGAGAAAAUUUUAAAUCAUUACAAACAUAUUGAAACAGCGCCAUCUACCUCUCACUUGGAAACUGAUAUUAAGAAAGCCAAGUAUAAUGCGAAUUGGUUUACUCAAUUCUUUGUGGUUAUGGCAAGAGCCUUUGUAAAUAUUUUACGAGACAAGAUUUUAACAUUUUCAAGACUAUUCCAAAACGUAGUAAUGGCUUUAUUGGUGGGAUUAAUUUUCUUACAAAUAGGUCAUGAUCAACAAUCUGUACAGGAUAGAAAUGGUGUUCUCUUCUUUUGCCUUAUUAACCAAUCGAUGAAUUCAAUUUUCGGUUCUUUGGCAGUUUUCCUUUUAGAAGAAAAGAAAGUAUUUUUGAGAGAACGAGGUUCGAAAAUGUAUCAAGUCAGCGCGUAUUACCUUGGAAAAAGUGUCAGUGAAUUGCCUAACAUUGUAUUCUUCCCAAUUCUAUUUGGUACCAUCGUUUAUUGGAUGACCAAUUUGAACGCAGGGGCGGAUCGAUUCUUUAUAUUCUUACUCAUAUUGGUUUCUAUGGCAUUGGCAGCUCAAGCUUUAGGUAUGGUUUUAGCAGUGUUGGCUCCCUCCAUGGAAUUUGCUACUGCCAUUGCUCCAGUGUUGUUAACUGUGCUCAUGUUGUUUGGAGGUCUCUAUAUGAAUGUUGAUAACAUUCCACCCUACUUUAUUUGGAUUUACUGGCUUUCAAUCUUCCAUUUCGGUUAUGAAGCGAUGGUGUUGAAUGAAUUUGCUGGUGCCUCGUUUGAAUGUCCUCCAUCACCAGCUGUAUGUACUUACAGAACUGGUGAGGAUGUUAUUGCAAGAAAUGCAAUGGACAAACCAUAUGCUAAUAUUUGGGUUGACCUGGGAUUUUUGUGGGCAUACUUUUUGAUUUAUCGUCUAAUGGCCUAUCUGAUUUUAGUGUUCUUUGUGAGACCCAAGAAGAAGUAA